CCAACUUGUUAUUCUAAGGAGUCUUCCCUGACUUAAACAACCAGUCCUUUUCUCUGGUCACACAUCUUUUUCAGUUUUUCACUUCGCCUUUUCUAUAGCGGAAAAAAAAUACCUGGCUCCCUUGACCCCUUUCAUCCUACAAGCUUCGGAACCAACUACUUGACCCCUAAAGAUAAAUGGCAUCUUCUUCGUACAGUUCUAACUCCUCAUGGACAUCCAAGCAAAACAAACAGUUUGAAAAGGCCUUAGCUUUGUAUGAUAAGGACACCGAAGACCGUUGGCAAAAGGUUGCGGAGAAAGUUGGGAAAUCUCCGGAAGAAGUAAAGAGGCACUAUGACAUCCUUGUUGCAGAUGUUAAAAGGAUUGAGGAUGGGAAAGUACCAUUCCCUUACCGGUCAUCUGGACGCAAUGGCUAAACGUCCAAAGCAAGAAAUGAAGGCUAAAUACCCAAUGGCCAUAAAACAUAGAUGAAUCUGUAAUAUCAUAUUAUGUUAUCCCUGAAAGAAGAUGAAGGCUAAAAUACACCCAUCUUAUGUACUCCAAAGAAGUUUUGCGGGCAUUUUAUCAGUCAAUUUAAGUGCAUUUUUAGGGCAAAUAGCCUUCAAGUCUGUAAUCUUCAUCAAAUGAGUUAUGUAAUUGUGUUAUUUUGUUUAUUUUUUCUGUUGAGAAGGUAAGAAUCUAUGUAAUGAUUUCAUUAAGCAUUAAUGAACAGUAUGAUUAAGUUUGCGUUUUACCAACAUUUUCACAUGAAUGAAUAUAGGAGU